AAGGGGAGUUGGAAAUGUUAUAAGGGAGAAAGCAACGUGGAAACGGAUAUGGUGUUGAGGGUGCAGAGGACAGUUAAGAAGUUGAAUAUAGUUGAGUUACAAGUGUUUUAUGGCGGCAACAAUGGCGAAGCCUGUGAUUUGAUAAUGAGGGGUUCUCCUUGUAUGCGAUCAUGUGGCAUUUAUAAAGACACUGAAAUUGUUGCUCAGACUAGCCUGAUGUACAAGCUUCACCAAAUAUAUGCAAGUAGGGGUAAAUUCCGCAUAACGAUAUUUCCAGGAACUACUGACCGUGCUGUUAUUGUUGCUUUGUUUGUAAUAUUUUUGAAUGGACGAAAAUAACAUCAUUAAUAAGUAGGCAAUUGCAGUUUAUUCUCAGAGCUAUCUGAAUCUGUAACUUAAGCCGGAAGAAAAGAAGUUUUGAAUUUACAUACAUUUUAAUUCUUUCUCCAUAGGCAGGAAAUGAAACAUGCAUCCUUACAAGUUAUAUGGAGCAAGCUGUAAACUAAUCUGAUUUUAUUUCAGCUUGUGUUGGAUUCUAACCCCA